UUUCAUCAAUUGAUCGACAAAAUGAGAUCAAUUUAUUUGAUUGCACUGUCGGUGUCGAUGGUAUUGACCAUCAAAUCGUUGGCCAUCAUUGAGUCGGAAGAUUUCUGUGAUGUAUACGCGAAAAAUGACUACAAAAUUGAUUUUGCAGUGAGUUUGUAUAAACAAUACGGAUAUCCUCAAGAUAUGAUACUGUUGUUCAUCGGUAAAACCUAUUGGAAACUAUCAUUUAUCGAUGGCAUCAUCGAUGGGUUGGUUACCAUCGACAGUAGAAGCGCCGGUAGAUCUGACUGGUGGUUUGCUGACGAGUAUAUUAUGGUCGGGUCAUACAUAACUGAUGCCAAUAAUAAUAAUAAGCAGCAAAAAGAUUCAGAUCAUCCAAUCUGUUAUAUCGUUACUCUACAGAAACAAUGGUUUAGCAUUAAUUGGUACGAAAUUUUCUGCAAUAAUAUGGGUUUGAAUAGAGUAUUAACAAAAGCAAGUCAUGUCAUUGACAAUGAUAUUGUGGACAAUGACUGGAAACCGGACCUAAUGUGGAUUAUUAUUAACAGAUCUAAUGUCCAAUGUUUUGCUGAUAAUAACAACUACCUGUGCUAUUGGAUUAAUACAACUGAUUUGUCACUUAAACGUCUGAACAAUUUUAGUAGACCUAAUUGGAUGUUUGGUCUAAACAAUAUAAUAACUAUUAGCCAACAAUAUACCAACUAUUGUAAUAAUAAUAAUAAGUAUAACCAUUGUAUGAAAUCAUCAUCAAAUGGUUAUUAUUUGGGAUCAAUUGUCUUUAUGAAUGUCCAAAAAACUAUUCAAUACUGUUUUACUGGCAAUUAUGAUGACUUUAGUUUCUAUCCAGAUAUGAGUAGUUUUAAGGAAAAUAAUUGGAGAGAUGAUCACAACAACAACAACAACGACAACAUAAUAGCUAUUACUGAACAAUAUAUUGACGAUAAUUUGGGAUCAAUUAUCUUUAUGAGUGACAAUAAAACUAUACAAUAA